CCUUGUCAGUCUGCUAAAGGAAGAGUUACUCAAUGAAAUUGAUUUCACAAUGAUGUUAUUGCGGUGAUAUGCGCGUACAUCGAUCAGCUGCACUACCAGAUCAGUACACCUAUGUGCAAUACGUCAGAAUCUGUACAGGGAAAUAAAAGCAACACGGAUUUAAAUGGGCAUGUUUUUUAUUUACACAAAACAUUUCGAAAUGGUUGCAGCAAAGGAUUUCCUUCUUACGUUAUUUUGGAUAAUUCAUUAUAAGUCAGCUGUGACUUAAGUCUCCAGAAAUAUAGCACAACAAUUUGUUAGGAAUACAAUCAGUUAAUGGAGAAUAAAGGAAGGUGGGACAAAUGUCAACCCCAAGAUUUCAAACGAAAGAUAGCAGACGACAGCUGAAUGAUCAGAUACAAGACUGAAUAACUGAAUUAAUCUGAAACGAAAUGAACCAAUUUUAAUUGUGUGAUGUAUUGAAUGGAACGGAUCGUCGAUUUUAAAUUGGAAAGCAGAUAUUCAGCCAUUAAUUGAUAUUCACUUUAAAAGAUUUAAUACAGUCAAAUGCAUUCGGAAUAAAUUUAUAAUCAUGUGUGUGCUGAAGAGUAAGGAAUCGCCAGGCACCCGUCCAACCGCCACAACAAAACAUCAUGACGUCUGUCGGUUUGAGACCCUUACGUCAUCGCGAUAUCGACGUCAGAAGCUUCAAAACAAGUUUAUGACCCACGGAAAAGAGUUUAUGCAACCUGGAUCAUUGUAUUUAGUUGGAGAUAGUGCCAGAGAAGACACCCCAAUGGAAGAUGUAGAUGCUAAACUUGCGGAGUUAGAAAAGCGGACCACUGCUCUGACCAUUGUGUACGACGAUUUGUUGGGACGUGCGGAGGAACUAGAAGCAAAAGCACGUAAAUGCGAGGUGGAAUACAGCCGUGAAAAGACGUCUUUCGAUGUGAUCGAAAUCUUGAUGCGACAAGAUGGUCGUUCUAAAGCCAUGUUUGAUCAUGUUUCGUUGUUUUUCUUCGUUUUACUCAGGAAAUUACACCGGAAGGGAAUUCAUCUGUCUUCUACGACUGAAUUGUGGGCAAAACUUGAAGACGAAAAUGUCAAGAGAGCCUACCAGAACACGGUUACAAAUCUUGGAUUUUCAGAUUCGGAAAUUAUGAGUUUAAAUUUAAUACUGGAUGUGCUUCACGAAAAAGACUUGACAAUCUAUGUAAAUCAGGAUAACGUAGACACGAACAAUUUAACAACUAAGUUAAAGGACUUUAACCAGGAAUUCUCAGUUGACAAUCCUGAAAGUGAUGGUGAAACUGAAGACAAUGGGGCGCUUGGAGAUCAAAAUACCCAAAAUGAAAAUUGUCAAUCGUGUCUUGAAAAUGAAAGUAGCGGUGUGUCUUAUACUCAUGACAUUGGCUUUGGAUGUUGUGAAGGAAAGGAUAUUUCGAAGUCCAAAUCUAAAUUCGUGGGUGAUUUCGAUUCUGGUAGCGGCGACACUUAUUCUGUUGAUAGUUUGUUAUUGUAUCUUCAAAUACAGCGAGAAUUAGAUCCACUUGUGACAUCAGCAUUACGAAGGGCAGUAGCUGUGGCACAUUGCUCAUUGGAUAAAAAGUCAAUGGAUGAAAUCUGUGAUACAUCUACUGCCAACGAUGAAUCUAACACAAAAUCACGUAUCGAUAAUAAUAAUAUGGACGAUCUUGAAGGGGACGUUCAAAGCAUAGUCAAAAGAUGUCCUGAAUCGAUGAUGCCGGAGACAGCCGAAUGUUCUGACUCAAAGAUUGAUAAAGUGUUCGAAGACAAUAGACCCGAAGGUUGUGGCGCCCCCUUUUUCUUUGAUUUCACUACAUCAACUCCUAAAACAACAACCGACAAAGAUUCUGAUUUCAACAAAUCGAACAAUGCUGUUGUUCAAAAUCUGUAUCGUGCAUUUGAUAUGGAUAAAGAAUGUUUGGAAACAGAACAGCGCAAUAGACCCAAAAAAUCCACUAAAGCGAAACGGGAGAGAGACAGAAAAGAAAGUCUAUGUAGGACCAAUUUAGAGGUUAAAGGUAGAGACAACCCCCUUGUUGAUGACAUUAGCCAAGAAGAACAAAGUCUAGCAUACCUUGAGACAUUAAUUGCGUCACAAAUGCCUUGUUCAGUUGACAAUGACGGCAACAAUAUUAAAAGCUUUCGAUCAUUUUUCAGAAAUCGAGUGAGACAAAAGACGGCCGAAUUAGUACAAAAAGAAAGGAACACAAUUAAAUCCAGGAUUUUUAAAAAUUCAAAAGCUUCCAACAACAACAAACCAAAUAGUGCUAAAUCCAAACUCGAUGAGAAUAAUCAAAAUAAAAAAAAUAUUUGUGAAAUAUAUGAAGUUGAAGGAUUAAGCGAUUAUGAAAAUAUUUCGGAAUCCGAAUGUACUUCCGGUGAUGGAUCUCUUUUCCAGUUUCAAAGUGAUACUAGUUCGUGUUUGCAUGGAACAGAUGACGGACAAUCCAUUUCUUUACACGAAGAACUCUCAGAACUUGACUUCUUUCGAUGUAGCUCAUCUAAUUCAUGUAUGGGGACCGACAUAGUGUGUGACCCUGAAAACGUCAACGAAAAACGGGACGCGACUUUAAAUUUUGCAAAUGAAAGUAGCACUAUUGAAAGAGAACAUAUUAAUUUCUUUAGUAGCCCGUCAUCAGUAAAUCCAUAUGGUUAUGAUUUUGAGGCUGACUACUAUAUGCUGUGGCCAGGCCAAGAAGUCGAAAUAGAAAUGAAGGAUCUUUCAUGUGAAUUAUUACUGGAUGAUGCAGACACAAAUGAAUUAGAUAACCACAAGGGCUUUGAUGACCCUGGACAUUCUUUCGAGGGGUCUUUUUUAGAAGAAAUUACUUUACCGGGAACUAACUCAAAAUAUGAUUCGUGGUUGCUAUUGUAACAGUGAGGCGUUGUUUGGGUGUUACUUAAAAGAUGCAUUAUGUAAGAAUUAGAUAAAGAGUUGGCUGUUCUUGCUAUGAUGAUAGUUCAAAAAUAGUUCCGAAAUCGAUCAUGAAAAAUAAAUAUUUUGAAAAUGUCAGUCCAAUAACUCUAUUCUAUGCGAAGUUAUGAGUGUUUGAAUCUUUGACAAAAUGUAUCGUAGAUUGUUUAUUAUCGUAGCAAUGGUAUUUGAUAAUUCUUAAAUGGCAGCGGUGUUCUAAUCUACUUAAAAUCGGAGCCCUCUGAUGACCCAUGUAAUCGAUUAUGGGCUUGUCAUGUUAAUAAAUGUUUAAAUAAUAAUUUAUAUAACAUUUAAACAUCUGACAUAAUGCAUCUUUAAUCAUGUUUUGAGUGUUGUGGAAUUCUCAGCAUCGAAAUCGUGCUAAAAUUAAACCUAAACUAGAAAAUCUUGAUUGAUAUAUUAAUAUUUAUAUUUUAAUUUGUAUUAUACCUACGAAACAGAAACGGGUAUAAAAUUAUAUAAUAAAAAAACUAAAGAAGUGAAAUGGGGUUUAACGUCGUACUGCCCUGAAACUACUGGGUUAUUGAGGACGGGCAUACGCCAGACAGUGUGCCAUGAGGGAAGUUUUGCCGGGACAGCAGCGCUACGGCAUACUCUUAUAUCGAAUUCCAACUGCCAUGCGAUCUUUUAC